UGGACACGCCUCUUGUCUCCAGUCAUCCCAAAUCCAAUAGCCCAAGCGGAACGAUACUUACAUCAUAUGAAUCCGUUUCUUAGAGCAGGGAAAUGUUUCUUCAGACGAAGACCUGGCAUAAGACACACAGCAUCAGCAUUGGCAUCUGAUUCCAGGGAUGACAUCUGUCCAGUGAUGCAGUGGGCUAAAUGCAUGCAGCAUCAUUUGUCAUAGAGGCAGUGCUGAAAGGGACAGCUCGAGAUUUUGGGGCUCAGUAAAUCCGGCCUGUUAUUUGUAUUUCCUUAUUCAUGUUUUACUGGUUCUAUAUCGUUCGGUGUUCACACUCGUAACAAGAGAUACGCAUGAAAUCGUAUUGGGAUUAUAAAUAAGGAGAAACAGACGCAACACGUUGUUUGCUGAUCAUCAGGAGCUCAAGGUGUCUUUCAGUCUUCAUUCAUGGGAUGACGUCUCAGAGUGUGUCCUGUCACAUCGCCCCCUGCCCCAUCUCCUGUGUCCCUCUUCUCUGUCCAUCUGUGGGGUCCUGACGCCAGCAGGGGCUCAUGAGACGCUUUGUGUACUGUAAGGUGGUGCUGACCACCUCUCUGGUCUGGGUGCUAGUGGACGUCUUCCUGCUGCUGUACUUCAGUGAGUGCAACAAAUGUGACAACAAGAAGGACCAUUCACUCCUGCCUGCGCUCAGAGCGGUGAUGUCCCGCACCCAUGAGGCACCAGGUGAAAUGGGGAAGGCUGUGGUAAUUCCCAAAGAUGAGCAGGAGAAGAUGAAAGAGCUCUUUAAAAUCAAUCAAUUCAACCUUAUGGCCAGUGACAUGAUCGCACUCAACAGGAGUCUGCCAGAUGUCCGGCUGGACGGCUGUAAAACCAAGACGUACCCCGAUGACCUUCCAAACACCAGCAUUGUGAUCGUGUUUCAUAAUGAAGCCUGGAGUACACUUUUGAGAACCAUACACAGUGCCAUAAACCGCUCGCCCAGACACCUGCUGCUCGAGAUACUACUGGUGGAUGAUGCUAGCGAGAGAGAUUUUCUUCAGAAAAAAUUAGUGGACCAUGUUGGGACUCUGGAGGUUCCAGUGCGAAUUUUAAGGAUGGAGCAGCGAUCUGGUUUGAUAAGAGCACGACUAAGAGGGGCGGCCGCCACGCGAGGACAGGUCAUCACCUUCCUGGAUGCCCACUGUGAAUGCACUGUAGGGUGGCUGGAGCCACUGCUGGCCCGGAUCAAAGAGGACAGGAGGGCUGUGGUCUGUCCAAUCAUUGAUGUCAUCAGUGAUGAGACAUUCGAGUACAUGGCCGGCUCAGAUAUGACCUAUGGGGGAUUCAACUGGAAGCUCAACUUCAGAUGGUAUCCAGUUCCUCAGAGAGAGAUGGACCGACGUAAAGGGGACAGAACCCUUCCUGUUAGAACUCCCACAAUGGCAGGAGGUCUGUUCUCUAUUGACAGGACUUAUUUUGAAGAGAUUGGCACCUAUGAUUCAGGCAUGGACAUAUGGGGAGGGGAAAACCUUGAGAUGUCUUUUAGGAUCUGGCAGUGUGGAGGAUCUCUGGAGAUAGUCACGUGUUCUCAUGUAGGCCAUGUGUUCAGGAAGGCCACACCGUACAGCUUUCCUGGUGGAACUGGUCAGGUGAUCAACAAGAACAACAGACGAUUGGCUGAAGUCUGGAUGGAUGAGUUCAAAGAUUUCUUCUACAUCAUCUCACCAGGUGUGGUUCGAGUGGAUUAUGGUGAUGUUUCUUCGCGGAAGGCUUUAAGAGAAUCACUGAAGUGUAAACCCUUCUCAUGGUACCUGGAAAACAUCUACCCCGACUCUCAGAUUCCACGCAGAUACUACUCACUCGGGGAGAUCAGAAAUGUUGAGACAAAUCAGUGUGUGGAUAACAUGGGCCGGAAAGAGAAUGAAAAGGUUGGCUUCUUCAACUGUCAUGGAAUGGGCGGAAACCAGGUGUUCUCAUAUACGGCUGACAAAGAGAUCCGAACCGAUGACCUGUGUCUGGAUGCAUCGCGGCUUAAUGGACCUGUUGUUAUGCUGAAGUGCCACCACAUGAAAGGAAACCAGAUGUUUGAGUACGAUGCAGAGCGGCUGACUCUGCUCCAUGUGAACAGUAACCAGUGUCUGGACAUGCCUUCUGAAGAGGAUAAGAUGGUUCCCACUCUCAGAGACUGCAGCGGCAGGCGAUCACAGCAGUGGAUCCUGAGGAACAUGACACUGAGUGUCUGACAGAGCCGGCAAUAACCAGCUCAGUCCUGAAUCUCAUCACAAACCACACAACAUGGGACCUGGAGUCAUGUCAUUUUCUGGUUCAUGAUCAAGUUCAGCAAGGCUUUGAUCUGAAGAACCACACACAGCACAUUUUCUGACCCAUUUGUGACCAGGCUUGUGUCUCUGUUCAUGUCUGGACUGCUUCCUUUAGCUCUCAGAUUAUCUAGACUGGGGUCAGAACACAGCCCAUGACCAGCUCUUGGUGAAGUUUAAACGCUUGCCGUCUCUGAUCUGAGCAUGUGUCACUGGCUACCUAAGCUGCUCAUCCUGUGUGGAAGUUCUGGUGCCUCUUAAUAUCCCACACAUCAUAUCUUUGACAGUAGCCCUUAUUUAUUUUUUUGGAGAUGGAGUGAUUGUGUCAGCUUCCACUGUACUGAAGUGCAUUUCAUUAGUUCAUGGAGGAUUUAUCUGUGUUGUAUCUAC